AUGAGCAUGGAUAACCAUACUAAUGUUUAUUUAUUAGCAGAUUGCAAAAUUAACGGUCGCGGUAUACGAAGAGGAAGUGAGGGUGCUAUGGUUAAACCAGAGAUCUUCUAUUUCCGAGAAUUGGAUGAAAAUGCGAAGUCAACUGGGUUGCGCCGCAUCGAAAUCAUCGCCGGUAUGUACUUAUCGAUGAGACUAUUGUAUAGCUAUGCAGAUUCGAGACCGGACUAUCGCCCUAACAUAUUCAUGCCAGCUGGGAUACUCAGUAGGCUGAAUUUGUUGAAGAAGGUGCAUGAUCCGCAAUACCAUCUACCGUUAACUUGCCCAUCGUUACCGCCAGAUGCAAUUCUAUCAGAUGAUACGAUACAAGCUCUGGCGGAUGCAGAUGAAGCCAUAUGGAAACUAAAGCCAGUAACCGUCUCCGACGGGGACCAGUCGGCAGUUUCGAACAACUGCGACGGCAUUGAUAGCAGUACAGGCUAUCCAUUAAGGUGGACAUCCACGUCUUUACGAAAUCUAGACUAUCUAGGCAUUGACACUGUCGAUGAAAAGGUUAGCCCAACCAAUUGUCGUAAGACACUAUCCGGGCACCUGAUGGAUAUAUUUAUGAACGCAGUGACAUCAGCAAAACUGCGAUAUAUUAAGGAUGAACAGCUACUGCUAGGAGGACAGGAUGCCGAUAUUGAUGAUGGUAAUGAAGUGGCAACCACGGCACAUGCUGCACAAAAGGAUGAUUACGAAACGACUCUCGCAGACGCAAACAGUGAUUUGUGCUACGCCGAAGACAACCAAACUCAUUUAUCUGCAGACGAAAUACAAAGCGAUGGUGCAUAUUUCGAUGCAGUAUCUAUGAGUACCUCUUCGGCUGGGGAGCUGUUUGACGAAGAUAAUAGCGUGUGCAACAAACUGGCAUCCAGCACUGCUCUGUCACUGGGUUCACAGGGAGGGAAUAUAACGGAAGGUCGUAAAAGCUAUAACAUUUCCGAUAUAGAAUCAACGGAAUGUGAAACUUUAGAGAAAGCAAAAGAGGUGAAACAACAAUCACCGGUAGCGUCACAUGGUUGCAGCGUGGAAGCGCCACAACCUAUUGCUGUCAAACUUAUUGCGGCUUCUAUCGAAGGAUCGCCCACUUCAACGGGAUUGUAUCAGAGUGUACCAGCUAGGCUCUCUGCAGCCUCGCCAGUUCUUUCCGAUAUACCCCAACAAUCUGUGGAACGAUAUCAUACACCCAUCCCAGAAACUCACACAUGUGCUGGGAGUGAUGUGACCAUGCUCACACCAAAUCCGGAGAUACACUCGGAAUCACGCAAUGUGCAGAACCGGAUUGGAGUGAUGAGUAUGGUCUCUCCACGACUUAUUAACAAUGCUGUGAAGGUAAAACCUCAGCAAACGAUCGAUCACCCACGGCGAGACGGCCCAAAGGGCAUGCAUGAGAAGGUUAAGGCAUUUGUCGACACUAUGCAGAGUAACUGGAAUGCCGCUAAAAAUCAACGGGUGUGUCAUCCGCUAAAAAACCACGCGACCGAGAUGCGACAUAACAAGCUUUGUAUGGAAUUCAUUGCUAACUACAAUGAAAGACGACAGAUGGAGUACCUAAAGGGGGCACGUAUGCCGGUCCAGAGAAUAAGCGUGCAACUCCCACAAAGAAUACCUAAUCUGCGCUAUGGAUGCCAACGUAAUCAGCCAGUGGAAACUGCAACCCCGCAGCCCCCGGGGCUAAUGAGGCAUGCUGUAGGAGCCCCCAAGAAUCCUAUGUUUUUGCCUCAAAGGCGUUUCUACAGCGAUAGCAGCGCAUUACGUGAGAUAAACGAAAAGAGCCCGUUCCGAAUCCCCUUCAAACGGACACCGAAUAAUAUGCCGUACACGCCGUGGCAACGGGAUCCUAGUAUCUCAUACAAUCAAACCGAUAGCAGAGCAUCGUCGACUGCCAGUCGUCUACCCUCAAACGAGUCUAUGCAAGCGCAGCAGGAAUACCGGCAUCGUAGUUUCGAACGAUCGACUCCACUAUACUCACGUUCAGACAUGUGGAGGCCACCUCGUACCUUCCAGGAUAUACGAGAACGAAGUGUUGGUCACUCUACUUGGCGUGCUGAAGAGGAACAAAGGUUGAGACAACGCAGCUAUGAUGCGGAUUAUCGUGAAACUUAUAGUGGCUACCGUGACCAAGAGAGUUAUACACCUGACUGGCACUGUAGAAGUCUCGGAUCCUCACGUUCAAGGUCACGUGAGAGGGAAUAUGAGUAUUAUAGCCGUAACCGACAAUGGUACUUGGGACCGGAUGCAUAUCGCCGUUGUGGUAAUAGAUGA